UUUUAUUUUGGCGCUGAGACACAGGCCUUAAGCAGAGGGGCUUUUGUUACAGCUAGAGGGAGGGAGACGGCUAUAAUAAAAUAUAUGGGAGCCAAAUUUCCCUAGGUCUGCAGGAGCAUCCCGCAAAAAAACGGGGCCUCUCCCGAUUCACAGCCACACAUCCUAUCAUGGGGAUCGACACACGACUGAUCUAGCCCCGUUUUUCUCCCAAACAGCGGAUCAGAUCUCAGAAACGUGGAGUCAUAGGUCUUUGUGUUGAUAUAUUUAUGUUAACUGCAGCAGGGAUCCAGUUUAUUUGCUGUAUUUGUUUAGAAUGGAACACGCUGAAGCAGGCCCUGUAAGAAAAAGGGAAACUUAAGGAUGCUGGAGCAGAACAAUGGAUUUCUCCUUCUCUUUCAUGCAAGGGAUCAUGGGAAACACAAUUCAGCAACCCCCUCAGCUUAUUGACUCCGCUAACAUCAGACAGGAGGAUGUCUAUGAAGCCAUCAGUGACCCAGGAGAUGAUGGAGGACAGCAAAACUUUGAUUCUCCUCUGGAGUCAGGCUUUUCAUACUCUGCUGAAGACGUCCCAGUCAUUACAAAUGGUUACCCUACGGGUGUAGGUACCUAUGAGCAACAGGCCAAGUUUGCCUUGUACUCUCAGUUCCCCAAUGGUUCAGCUAAUGGCUAUGGUGCCAUACGAAACUAUGGCGAUCACGGUUUGCUGCUUGGCGAGGGCACGGUAUUAAGACCACCAGUGGUCCAGGAGAAACCUCAAACUCACAUCUCACCUCCAUCUCAUUCCCAUCAUCAUCACCAGCAGCCUCAUCAUCCUCAUCACCACCACCAUCAGCAGCAGCAACACCACCCACACAAUCCCCCUUUGUUACCUCACCACCACCACCCGCCUCCUGCCUCGCACCUAAUGCCUCAAGUCCUGCCACCUCCUCCUCCCUUGCUCUUGCCUUCAUCUCCACCCCUCCUCUCGCCUCAAGAAAGCAUCAUCUCCAACCCUAUUGGGCAACCCGUCAACACCAUCAUCACCACCACUCCUAAAAAGACCAGCUCCCCGGAGAUCAAAUUAAAGAUCAUAAAGACCUACCAGAAUGGCAGGGAGCUCUUUGAGUCCUCGUUGUGCGGAGACCUCCUGCAGGAGUUUCAGGCCGGCGAGGAUUCCAGGAGGAGGCAUGAGCAGAAGAAGGAGAAGAGGAAAAAGAGAGGCAGCAGGCAUGGCGCUGGUCAAGAAGAAAGCCAGCCGCCAAGCAAAGUUGAAGAGGGGCGGUCAGUUGUGGUGCACAACCCUUUACAGACCACUGAAAGUCAGGUCGCUUUCAGAGAAGAGCAGCAGCCACCGUCAAGCCUCAAAAGCCCCAAAGCAGAACCCAAGGAGCAGAAGGUGGAAAAGCACUGUCCCUCGGUCAUCACUAGCACUGGCGCUUCUCAAGAGUAUGAGAUUGGUGACUUGGUGUGGGCAAAAGUUGGGACGUAUCCUUGGUGGCCGUGCAUGGUGUCAUCAGACCCACAGACGAACGUUCAUACACGUAUUAAUACAAGAGGUUGUAAGGAGUACCAUGUACAGUUCUUUGGAAGUGUCCCUGAGAGGGCCUGGAUCCACGAGAAAAGAACUGUGGUGUACAAGAGUGAGAGCCAGUUCGAUGAGCUGCAAGCAGAAACGCUGCGCAAGAGUACCAACCCCACAGAGAAACAAAAGCUGCUGAAACCUCAGUCCCAAAAGGAGCGUGCCCAAUGGGAAGUGGGUGUGGGUCACGCGGAAGCAGCUCUUCAGAUGACAAGAGAGGAGCGCAAUGAGAAUUACACCUUCAUCUACAUUGACAAGGAACCUGGAGCUGAUGCUGAAACUGCUGCUGCUCCAGCUCCAGCUCCUGCUCCUGCUCCUCCUCCUACUCCUGCUCCUACAGACACUGUGACCUCACCAAAAGCGACUGCUAAAAACCGUCCUGAACGUAAACAGAGACGCUCUAGAGGCAGUGCCGGAGCUAAAGAGGAGCCUGUGCCCCGUCGGCAGCAACCGCGGAGGCAAUGCAGCAUGAAUAGUGCUGGAGAAACAUCAUCUCCCAAUCAAGGAGAGGAUGAAAUGGAGCAGGAGCAACCCCGCAGUCCUCCCAAACCUGCCCCCCGGCCAAAGGAACCCUCUCCACCUCCCGUCCGGACGCCGUGGAGAACUGCCGCAGCUCGCAAGCUCCUCCCACUCUCCAUUACCAUGAAGAAACUCAAUGUGGAGAUCAUCAAAUGCGACUGGCAGCUCCCAAAGCAAAAAGUGGAGUUACCCAAGAAGACAGAGAGUGAGGAGAGGCCCAGCGGUCGUGUUAAGUCACCUGAGGCCUCCAGUAAUAAAGCAGAAGCAGAGACGUGUUCGAGUGAAGAGGAGCGAGCUGCGUCUCCAUCAGGAUGGAGUGACCAGGAACACACUUCAGCAGAGCAGUCCACAGAGAGAAAGCAGCAGCGACGUUCAGUUCGAAGCCGCUCUGAGUCAGAGAAGAGCGUGGAACCAGUGCCAAAAAAGAAAGUGAAGAAAGAACAGGCUGAAACGGCACCUCAAAUGGAUUUCAAAACCGGGUCACAAAAAGGAGCCAGUGAGAUCUCAGACUCAUGUAAACCACUAAAGAAACGCAGCAGAGCAUCUACUGAUGUGGAGAUGGCCAGCUCUCUCUACAGAGACACUUCAGACUCCGACUCCAGAGGCCUCAAUGACCCACAGACGGGAUUUGGGAAACGCUCAGACAGUCCUGCUACAGUGGAUGCAGACGGAUCUGAUGCGCAGUCUGUGGACUCCAGCCUGUCCCGUCAAGGAGGAAGCGCCUCCAAAAAGGACACAGUUUGCCAUGUGUGUGAGACGUUCGGGGAUUCUUUGGUGAGCUGUGAGGGAGACUGUAACGGGCUGUUUCAUCCAGAGUGUAUGGGAUCCAACAGCGGAAAAGAGAGUGAAACAGUGUGUCAGGAGUGCAAGACAGGUUCCCAUCCUUGUUUCUCCUGCAAGGUCACAGAGGGUGAUAUGAAGCGGUGCUCAGUGAACGGUUGUGGCCGUUAUUACCAUGAAACCUGUGUCCGGAAGUACACCGGCUCCGCCUCUGACACCAAAGGCCUCCGCUGCCCUCAGCACAGCUGUGCCACUUGCUGUCUCGACAGAGACCUUCAAAAAGCUGGCAAAGGACGUAUGAUGCGAUGUAUCCGCUGUCCAGUGGCCUAUCACACAGGAGAUGGCUGUGUGGCGGCUGGCAGUGUUUUGAUUACACCGCAUAUCAUCAUAUGUAGCAACCACUCCAGUUCCAGAAAGAACGGACACUUUUCUUCUCCUGUAAACGUAGGCUGGUGUUUCAUCUGCGCUCGAGCUACCAAAAAGAAUAUUGGGAAAGGAGGAAGACUGUUGUGUUGCGAGGCCUGUCCCGCCUCGUUCCACCCUGAGUGCUUGAAAAUAGAGAUGCCAGAGGGGACGUGGCUGUGUGGCGAAUGCAAAUCGGGCAAGAAGCCCCACUAUAAGCAGAUAGUCUGGGUGAAGCUGGGCAACUACAGAUGGUGGCCUGCUGAGAUCUGCAACCCUCGCCUGGUUCCCUCCAACAUCCAAAGCCUGAAGCACGACAUUGGUGACUUUCCAGUCUUUUUCUUUGGAUCCCAUGACUAUUACUGGAUAAACCAAGGCAGAGUUUUCCCCUACGUUGAGAGCGAUAAGAACUUUGCAGAGGGACAAGUCAGCAUCAAUAAGACAUUUAAAAAAGCACUUGAAGAAGCAGCAAAAAGGUUCCAGGAAUUAAAAGCACAGCGAGAAACCAAGGAGGCCCUGGAACAAGAGCGCAACUCUCGCAGACCACCACCAUACAAACUUAUAAAGUCCAACAAGCCAUUUGGGAAGGUGCAGUUGCACGUUGCUGACCUCUCUGAAAUCCCACGCUGCAACUGCAAACCUACAGACGAGCGUCCGUGCAGCCAGGACUCACAGUGCCUGAACCGCAUGCUGCAGUAUGAGUGUCACCCCCAGGUCUGUCCCGCUGGUGACCGCUGCCACAACCAAUGCUUCUCCAAACGCCUCUACCCCGACACUGAGGUCAUCAAGACCACUGGCCGAGGAUGGGGCCUGAAGACCAAGCAGGAUCUCAAGAAGGGUGAUUUUGUCAUGGAGUACGUUGGUGAACUAAUCGAUUCGGAGGAGUGCAAACAACGAAUAAGAACUGCUAAUGAGAACCAUGUGACCAACUUCUACAUGCUUACCCUGACGAAGGACCGUGUGAUCGAUGCUGGACCCAAAGGGAAUUUGUCACGCUUUAUGAACCACAGCUGCAGUCCAAACUGCGAGACUCAAAAGUGGACGGUGAAUGGAGACGUGCGUAUUGGACUCUUCACUUUGUGUGAUAUCCCUGCUGACACAGAACUGACCUUUAAUUACAACCUGGACUGUCUGGGUAAUGGGAGGACAUCCUGCCACUGUGGCUCCGAGAACUGCAGUGGUUUUCUUGGAGUCAAGCCCAAGAGUGCAGUGGUUAUGGAGAGGGAGGAGAAGGUGCGCAAUGCUAAACUGAAGCCCAAGAAGCGCAAGCUGAAGACUGAGAGCAAGCAGACCCAUGAGUAUUACUGCUACUGCUGUGGUGAAGGAGGAGAGCUGGUCAUGUGUGAUAAAAAGGACUGUCCGAAGGCUUACCAUCUCCUCUGCCUCAACCUGAGCAAACCUCCAUAUGGACGAUGGGAAUGCCCCUGGCAUCAGUGCAGUGUGUGCCAGCGCACCGCCACCUCUUUUUGCCACUUCUGUCCCGCUUUCUGCCGAGAGCAUGAGAGAGGACAGCUGGUAGUGUCUGCGCUCGACAAGCUGCCCUGCUGCUCCAACCACGACCCCAAGAGACCCUUAGGACCCCAGUCGAACCGCAGCCAGGUCACUGUAAAGAAGGAGCCACUCGACGGCAACGCCAAUGAGGAAGAGGAAGAGGAGGAGGAGGAAACAGGAGACGGGGAGUGAUUUGGCCAAAGCAUCAGAAAACCACAUCAAGCUACACGAAAGUUCAAAGUAGUCGACACAUGCAGCUCUCUGGUCCACUUCAAUUAACCCAAGU